AUGACGGACGCCGGUGCGUACACCCUGAGCGCGCGCGCGCUCGGACGCGGAGGGGGGCAGAGCGGGGAGUUGUCCCUGUCCCAGGCGCGCGGCGCGCGAUUCAUCGCGUCGGGUGGGACGAGCGGUGGGAAGGCGAAGACGGAGUUCGCGCCGAGCGCGGUGAGCUCGGCGCGAUGGAGCGAGACGCCCACCGGUGGUGUGCUCAGGAUACGGUCGACGACGGGGGAGACGCUGACGCUGGGAGGGAUCGGGGUCGAUGAGGCGCGACGGGCGGCGGCGUUUUGCGCGGAGACGUUCGGGUGCUCGACGGGCGAGCGCGAGGUGAACGUGAACGGGCGAAACUGGGGCGACGUCGCGAUCGAAGGCGCGUCGACCGUGUUCGAGGUGGAUGGGAAGACGCAGUUCGAGCUCGAGGGGAAGUAUAUCUCCGAAGCGACGGUGGUGGGGAAGAAUGAAGUCGUGAUGCAGUUUCACACCGACGAUACGGCGGCGGAGAAGGACUCGCUGGUGGAGAUGUCGUUCUUUGUUCCUCCCGGAAGCGAAACGUGGGCGGGUGAGGAUCCGGAGAAUCCGGAAGACAGCGCGGCGCAUCGCUUGCGAGCGGCGAUCCUGUCCAUCGCCGCCGCUGACGCCGAGGCGGGAGAACCGGUUGCGGAGUUUGAUUCCGUCUCCAUGGUGGUGCCGAGAGGUAAGGUCACGAUGGAUCUCCAUCAUACGUACAUGAAGAUGCAGUCAAGCACGCUGGAUUUCAAGGUGCAAUACUCUUCCAUCGUGCGCGUGUACCUCCUUCCGAAGCCGCACUCGAAUCAGUCGCACGCGGUCAUCGCGCUCGAUCCGCCGAUUCGCAAGGGACAAACGUUUUACCCGCACAUUCUCGCAAUGUUCAACGACGACGAGCACCUCACUGUGGUGCCGAACUUGGAACCGGCGAUGAAAGAGAAAUUUCCAACCUUGGAAGCGUCCUAUGACGGAUCUGUUGGCGAAGUUUUCGUGCGCGUGCUGAAGAAUUUGGCGGGAGUUAAGCUCACCAGACAAAGCGCUUUCACCGCCUCGGCGGGCGGGCAUGCCAUCCGCGUAUCGCACAAGGCAGACGUCGGUUUGCUCUAUCCGCUCGAGAAGGCCUUCUUCUACGUCCCCAAGCCGCCGCUGCUCUUGCACUACUCCGAGGUCGACGAGGUGGAGUUCGAGCGUCACGCCGCCGCCGGUCACUCGAGCGCAAAGACUUUUGACCUCACCAUCACCAUGAAGGGCGGAUCAUCGUACGAUUUCCACGGUAUCCAGCGUUCGGAGUUCCAAAACUUGGUCAACUUUUUGACGGCGAAGGAGGUUCGCAUCUCCAACGUCGAUACGAACGCUCGCGCUGAUGCGCUCAUCGCGGAGGCGUCAGACGACGACGAGGGAUACGCCGCGCGAGGCGACGAUGAGAGCGAAGAGGACGAAGAUUUCGCUGCCGGGAGCGAAUCCGACGGGGGAGAGCCCACUGAUAGUGAUUCAGACUCGGGAAGCGGCGAGGACGCGCCGAAAAAGACGAAGAAAUCACCUAAGAAGAAGCGUGCCAAGAAGGAUCCGAACGCGCCAAAGCGCGGGCUCUCGGCAUACAUGUUCUUCUCCGCCGCCAAGCGCGCCGAGAUCGCCGAGGCAAACCCCGAAUUUGGCAUCACUGACAUCGCCAAGGCGCUCGGCGAACGUUGGAAGACGGUCUCCGACGAAGAGAAGAGCGUAUAUCAGCAACAAGCCGAGGAGGACAAGGCGCGAUACGAGCGCGAGAUGGCUGAGUACAACGCGCGCGGCGCCGACGCCGACGCCGACGCCGAUGCGAUGGACACCGAUGUCAAACCAAAGGUUGAGAUUAAGGACGACGACGAUGACGAUGACGACGCGAUGGGGGAGGAUUAG